AUUUGACAUGGGUAUGUUGUCUGAUUAGCUAUAGAUCGUUUAGUUGUUGCAGAAGCGUUGACUAACAGUUUGAAAUUUCUGCGCUAACUUUCUAUUACAUUCGUUUGUCGAAAUGCUAGACUCACUCGACGUUGUCUGGCAACUGCAAACUGUUGUCUACGCAUGCGUUGCCUUGUUAACAAUUUAUUACGCUUUGCGAAUAACAGAUUAAGUUGUGUAGCUACAAAGUCACACGGACUGAAAGCUAAAUUGUUUUCAACGUGUACAAUAUUUAAACGUUGCGCAUGCUCAGUCGCGAUAAGCAUGCUUCAACAGGGAAACUUCAUUAGUACCGAAGAGCUUAAUAGUUCGCAAUCAACUUACGUCAUGUCGUCAUCAAGUGACAGUCCUACAGGCUACAAUGCUCAGUUCGACCCACCACUUGAGAAGAAACAUGAAUGUCCAUUGUGUUUGUAUGCCUUACGUGAUCCGAUACAGACGCCUUGUGGGCACCGUUUUUGUACAAGUUGCAUCAAGAAUGUUCUAAUUCAAGAUAGAGCAAAAUGUCCUUUAGACAAUGAGCCACUGAGGAAGGAUGAGAUAUUUCCGGACAACUUUUGCAGGCGUGAGGUGCUCAGCCUCACUGUAUUGUGUUCAAACAAAGAGUUUGGUUGUUCAUGGAAAGGACAGUUAAAGGAGUUGGAGGGACAUGACACAACUUGUGACUACACGUUGGUGACGUGUGAGAACAAAGGAUGUGACAGCAAAGUUUUGCGAAUGGUCUUACAGAAGCAUUUGCUGACCGAGUGCAAGUAUCGUCGUGCUGUGUGUCAACUAUGUCAGCAGGAGAUUGUAUUUGAGUCAGAAAGGGAACAUUAUCAUAAUGAUUGUCCUGAAUUUGAGAUUUCUUGUGAGAACAAGUGUGGCCAGCAUGUCAAACGGAAAGAUUAUUCGUAUCAUCGCACAGUGUCAUGUUUGUGCAUUAAGUUAGAGUGUCAAUUUGCAUACGUUGGAUGUCAAUUUAAAGGUAUGAGGACGGAGUUGAAUAUUCAUCACUCUGACUCUCAUAUACAACACACUCACAUGUUACUGAUAUAUGUGAUGUCAUUGCCACAUCCUGUUGCCUCAGAAGCUAAAGCUGUUCUUGAAAGGGAGAAAGCUUGUCAUUCAGAUGGUGUUGGAUCAGCAUCCGAUGAAUACGUAGCCAUGAAGAAUCAAAUAAGAGAUCUGAUGUCUACUGUGGACGAACAGAACCGAACGAUCAGCGACCUCCACAAGACUAGUCGUGAUAUGAAUUUGAGGUGUGAAGAAGUCUCUAGAUUAUAUGAGCAGAGCAGAAAAGAAAACGAAUUAUUACGUCAGGAAGCGAUGAAGCAGAGCUCUCGAAUCUCUACCUUUGAUCAACGGCACAUCUCAACACAAGCAAAAGUCGUUGCUAUUGAACAGAAGCAGCUGGUGAUCGAAAAGAACUUAGCUGUCAGAGACAACGCGUUUGCUGAUCACGACGUACGACUACUCUCUCUUGAAAUGACGUCUUAUGAUGGAGUAUUACGAUGGAAGAUUACCGAAUUUAGUCGGAGAAAAAGCGAAGCAGUAGCAGGGAAACGUUUGUCUAUAUACAGUCCACCAUUCUAUACCAGUCGGACGGGAUACAAAAUGUGUGCACGUAUAUAUCUAAAUGGAGACGGCUUGGGAAAGAACACACACGUGAGUCUCUUUAUUGUUAUAAUGAAGGGAGAGUUUGAUGCUCUGCUGCCGUGGCCAUUUCAGCAGAGAGUCACGUUUACGUUGAUAGAUCAGGAACGUCGACGUGAUCUCAAUGACACAUUUCAACCAGACCCGGCAAGCUCGAGUUUUCAGCGUCCGGUGAAUGACAUGAAUGUAGCUUCAGGUUGUCCUCUGUUUGUUUCUCUGGAUACUCUUCUAGCUGGCCGAUUCAUCAAAGACGAUACACUGUUUGUUCGAAUUGCCAUUGACACUAAGGAUUUGGAUCAUCUCUGAUUUUUUUACAUGGUGGCAUGAUAUAGGUAUUCUAGCUGACAUUGCUGCUUAUAUUACAGAUAAUUGACUAUUGAAUAUCAAGUUACUUUCAAGUCAUUGUUGUACUCAUUAUAACUAUUGUAAAUUACUUGAAUUUGGUUAGGUUUUGAUAUUUGUACUUUUUAUCAUAAUCUUUUAUGGACUAACCCUAAAUAAAUGGCUUACACUUCAAAACAUAAUCGUAAC